AGCAACGACAAGUAGCGGGUAGUGUGCGCAUACACACACCUGUUCCCGACCUUGACCCCAUCUCUCGACUCUACGGCGAUCCUAACCAACGCCCGAGCCGCGCCGCGCCGCGCGAUGCCUCCACCUUCCUCGCUCUGGUCGGCCGCGACCCUCAGCUUUAUCGGCUUCAACUGCAAGUGGUUCCUCAACCUCACGACGCAGGGAUACAAUGUUCACGGGGCUAGCAACCUGCUAAAGGCGCUCAACCAGCGCAACGAAGCCGUCAUCGACACUGCCGAGGCCGGCGACGCCGAAGGCGUCAUCGAGGUUGACGGCGAGAAGCCGUUCCGACGCGGGAUCAUCACUGUAUGCAACCACAACUCGGUGGUCGAUGACCCAAUGAUGUGGUCCUUCCUCCCGACGUCCAACUUCUUCCCGUUCGCCUCGCCAGCUACCACGUGCUUGAACGCGCGGUGGACUCUCGGAGCCUCGGACAUCAUGUUCACCAGCGCGCCGACGGCCAAGUUCUUCACGGCCGGCCAAGUCAUUGAGACGGUACGCGGCGGUGGUAUCUACCAGAAGGCUGUCGACACCGCCAUUCAGCGGGUGGAGGAGGGCGGCUGGGUGCAUAUCUUCCCCGAGGGCAAGGUGAACCAGAAGUUCUCUCACCCGGAGGGAGGCUUGUUGAGAUUCAAGUGGGGAGUCGGACGCAUCGUCAUGGACUCGCGCGUCAUGCCCGAGAUUAUCCCAAUAUGGAUCUCUGGCUUCGACCAGAUCAUGGACGAGCACCGCGGCUUCCCGCGCUUCGUGCCUCGACCAGGCGCCAAGGUCAGCGUGACCAUCGGCGAAUCGAUCCGGCCGCAGGUCGAGGCCGUCGUCAACGCGCACCGCGCGCAGGGUGCCAAGCCCACCGGCCCGACGCACGUAGAGGGUGACGCGCACGACGGAGAUCGCGAGACACGUAUCAAGAUCACGCAGAUGCUCCAGGACGCCGUGCAGGCCCUCGGAGAGAAGGUCGAGACCUACGAGGGUAGGUUUGAGCGCGGCGAGUGGACCCAGUCACGGCCAGUCGAGGCGAAGAACAAGGAGGCAUAGAAUUUAGACAGUUGGUGGGGGGUCGGACGACGCAGGAGCCAUUAGCAAUCAUAGCAUCAUGCCACACAUUGGGCAGUUGAGAUGAGCUCGCGUUGGGCCAAGUCCGAGGUCAGCAGUGGUGAUCCUGUUAGGAGUAAGCUGCUCGGAGUAAGGCUGUGCCGCCUCCCCCGUCGUGAAUGCGCAGUAUUACAUCUCGC